AUGUCUGGCAUCUCGGAAGCCACAUCUGCAAAAAUCGACGAUCUGCGUGCCACGGAGUUGAACAAGUCCAAAAUUUUUCGGCUAAACGCUACUGUCAGCAUGACUGUUGGUGUUCUUCCAGAAACUCUUGCCCCAGCUGCAGCUUUCAUAGUCUACGCCCUUAUCGCUAGACAAUCCGAGCAAGGCGCUCUUGACCCUGCGAAAGCGUUCUCAUCAUUAUCGCUCAUCGGUCUAGUCAGCAAGCCCAUUUUGAAUUUUAUGUACGCUUUUCCGGUAUUCAUCGCUUCUUUUGGUUCUUAUGAUCGGAUUCAGAAAUAUCUUUUGACAGAUCAGUGCUACCAAACCUUGAUUUCCUUUGGCGACAUCUCUAAUCCCCAACAAAAGGGAUUGCGUGCAGACACUAUUUCAGAUGAAGAGAUAGUGCAACUCAGUGACUUAAAGCCCAUUGAUCGGAACAAAGGCAACUCUUCCAAGCCCUUGAUCCAGAUGAAGAACGCUUCAUUCUCCUUCAAAGCAACAGGAGACCCUGUUCUAAACAACGUCUCUCUCAACGUCAACCGAGGUAGUAUUUCUCUACUCGUGGGACCAGUUGGAAGUGGCAAGAGUGCCUUGUUACUCGCUCUACUUGGUGAGAUUUUCCAGACAGAAGGGGAAACGCUGAAACAACCGGGGUUAGGGAUUGCAUAUUGCUCCCAAGAGCCAUGGAUGCCAAACCUCUCUAUCCGCAAUCUCAUUCAAGGUCCUUCCAACUUCGAGGAAACGUGGUACCAAGAGGUAAUAAAUGCAUGCUGUCUUGACACGGAAAUCGACCGUCUACCGCAGAAAGACAUGACUACCGUUGGAAGUAAAGGCGUGCGUCUCAGUGGAGGUCAAAGACAGCGCAUUUCCCUUGCAAGAGCAGUCUAUUCUCGGAAACAGCUUCUUCUGCUGGAUGAUAUCACCAGUGGGCUUGAUGCUUCCACUGAAAAUCAGGUGAUUCAAAAAUUGUUGGGACAACACGGUAUCUGUCGGAAGUAUGGCUUGGCUGUAGUUUUCGCAACACACAAGAUAAAUUUCAAACACAAGGUUGAUACCAUCAUGACGAUUGAUCACGAUGGCUUGAGUAUAAAGACACGGUCCUCUGAUGGAAUGCUUGCCGAUUUCGAAAUUCACGUCCCAAUACAACAGGAUCUUGCUUCUAGUACGCCUAGGCCCAAUUUCUUGGAAGAGCAGGAAAUCGAAUCCAGGCAAGCGCUAGCUGAUGCAUCUAGACGAGCCGGCGACUCCAGUCUUUAUUUUCUCUACGCCAAGGAAAUGGGGUGGAUAGCCGUCAUAUCAGUUCUUUCUGCAUCAAUCGGAUUUUGUUUCUUCAGCAGAUUCCCGAAUAUCUGGCUCGAAUGGUGGUCCGAAGCAGAAAUUGAGGAGCCAGGAAAAAGUACCACUCGCUAUAUCGCUGGCUACGCAGGCUUUGGAGUCUCAUCGGCUAUCUGUUUCUUCCUUGUUUACUGGAUUUUCAUGGUUCAAUCUGUGCCUCGCACUUCAGUUCGCUUGCACAGAAGACUGCUGAAGGCUGUGACUGCUGCCCCUCUCGCAUCUCUUGUCUCAACUGAUACCGGAGUGAUGCUAAAUCGUUUCAGUCAAGACAUGUCUUUAAUCGAUAUGAGACUACCAGGGGCAAUGAUUCAGACCCUGGACGGUUUUCUUGAUGCGAUUGCUGAAGUAGUGCUGAUCGCGCAAUCAUCCCCAUGGACCGCAUUGACCUUCCCCCCGAUCAUGUUCAUAGUUUACAUUUUGCAAAAGUUCUACCUACACACCUCGCGACAGAUUCGACACUUGGAUCUUGAAGCCAAGUCGCCCCUUUUCUCUAGUUUCCUGGAGACGUGCGAUGGAAUUGCUACAAUCAGGGGAUUUGGCUGGCAAGAAAACUUCCGUCAGCUCAACAUGCACCUUACCGACGAGUCGCAGAAACCGUUCUAUCUCAUGUACUCCAUUCAAUGCUGGUUGACUCUUGUCUUGAACUUGAUAGUGAUGGGAAUCGUUGUCGUGCUUGUCGUUUUGGCUAUUGAAAUGCGCAGCACAUCUGGCGGUGCUCUUGGUGUUGCGCUCAACAAUGUCUCCGCUAUUAGCGCGACUUUGGCAUACGUCAUUGAAGCAUGGACUUCGCUUGAAACCUCAAUUGGGGCAUUGGCUCGAUUGAAAUCCUUCGAAUCCGAAACGCCGUCUGAACAUCUCCCUCAGGAAUGCUAUAAUCCUACAAGUGCUUGGCCAUCCGAAGGAAGAAUCAAAUUCGUUGACCUUGCACUAAGCUACCGGACCGAGUUGGAUCCUGUAAUCCAGGGAAUCAAUCUAACGAUACCUCCCGGGGCUAAGAUAGGCAUUUGUGGGCGCUCAGGAAGUGGCAAAAGCUCCCUGAUACUAGGUCUACUACGACUGAACGAAAUCACGAAAGGAAGAACCUUAAUCGAUGGCCUUGACAUUAGUCAAAUUCCACGAGAGACGCUUCGACAGAAGCUAACCACGCUACCCCAGGAUCCACUGAUCUUGCCUGGUUCAAUCCGCCUGAAUCUUGAUCCUUUACAGAAUCAUACCGAUGCGGCUAUUAUGUCUGCGCUUUCCCGUGUCGGAAUGGCGAACUUGUUUUUAGCCAAAGAAGCAGGUUUAGACAGUGUCAUUCAGAAAGAAACACUUUCUACCGGUCAGCAGCAGCUGAUUGCUUUUGUGCGAAUCCUGUUGAAGCCAAAACCGUCUCCCAUUCUACUCCUCGAUGAAGCGACUUCAAUGGUAGAUGUGCAGACGGAAGCCACGAUGAUGAACUUGAUCUCAGAGCAAUUCAAAGACAGUACAGUCAUUGCAGUGGCCCAUCGGCUGAACACGAUUGUGGACUUUGAUCUCAUUCUAGUCAUUGAAAACGGGACCAUUGUUGAAUCUGGGAGGCCUGCUGAGCUUCUUCGGGACCCAGAGAGUUGGUUUAGCAGUUUAUGGGUCAAACAGAUCCAAGAUAGUGCUAGUGGUGUCACUGGGGUUAGAUCCUAG